AUGACGAUGCACAUUGUGGAACUGAAUGCAGAAGGCGGGGAGAAGCCGUUCCUAUUUGGCAGUCCCGGGGAUGGCCGAGCCGACCCAUCAGGUAAUGAAUGCUGCGUUAUUUUCACGUGUAACCUGCGGUGUCGGGUUUUCUGCUGUUUUACAGAAAGUGUGAAGUUACGGCUGGUGAAUGGCGGCAGUCGGUGCGCCGGACGACUGGAGAUUCACUACUGGAGACGGUGGGGAACAGUGUGGGGCUAUGACUGGGACCUGCGUGACGCCGCUGUGGUUUGCCGGGAGCUGGGCUGCGGGGCCGCGCUGGCAGCGCCGAGCUGGGCUCACUUUGGGAAAGGGUCCGGACCCAUUGUGACGGGGAAUGUUCACUGCAGCGGGAGCGAGAGUGCUCUACGGGAGUGUAGAUCAGCACGAUGGGGUCACCACAACCUUACCCACGCCUAUGAUGCCGGCGUUGUCUGCACAGGACCUCGGAAACCCAGAUUGGAGGGAGGAAGUGGUCCCUGUGGAGGGCGGUUGGAGCUCUUCACGGAUGGAACUUGGAGUUCAUUGUGUGGAGAUAUGUCCUGGUUAAUACCAACUGGUGACCAUGUCUGUGAAGAACUGGGCUGUGGGAGCAGAAUAGAAGUUUCCCUCUCAACCCACUUCGGAAAUGGUUCGGGACCUGUUGUUGGUCAGCGUGGGUGUGGACACAAACGGGACGUUGAAAUCAUCUGUUCCGAUUACAAGAAUCUGAGACUCGUAUCUGGGGAUGGUCGAUGCUCCGGACGGAUAGAAAUCCAACAAGGACCUGCGUGGGGCACCUUGUGCGACGAUCACUUUGAUUUGGAAGACGCUGCUGUUGUGUGUGAACACCUGAAGUGCGGAGUAGUGACGGCAAUCCACAGAAGAGCUCACUUUGGGAAAGGAAGCGGGCAAACCUGGAAACGGAAGUACAUGUGCAGGGGGAACGAGUCACGGCUCUGGGAUUGCCCCAUUUCAUCCGGUCAACCGUUCCACUGCUCACAUGCAAAUGACGUCGGUGUCACCUGUUCAGAUGAAAGUUGGACUCCGCGACUGACGAACGGAGGUAGCCGCUGUGAUGGGACCGUGGAGAUUUAUCACAACAAACGUUGGGGGAGAGUACAGGACAUUCAGUGGGACCUUCAUGACGCCAACGUGGUCUGCAACGAACUAGACUGUGGCGAAGCGCUGUCUGCUUCUAAUUCUUCACAAUACGGAGAGAGUCACUUGCCUCUCUUUGUAAGUGGAGUUCACUGUAACGGAAACGUGUCGCAGCUCCGGAAGUGCAACUUGACGACAUCCCCCUCAUUUGCCAAUGAUAGCGGCGGGGUUGGGGUUCUGUGUUCAGGUCACAAAAAGUUACGACUGGCCGACGGAGGGAGUCCGUGUGCGGGACGAGUGGAGGUGUAUUACGCUGGAGUUUGGGGCUCAGUCUGUGACGAUUCAUGGGAUCAGGCUGACGCAGAUGUGGUUUGUAGACAACUAGGUUGCGGGAAUGCCCUGAAGACCAAACGUUCUAGUGAUUGCGGACAAGGCUCUGGGGCGAUUUGGUUGGAUGAAGUGACGUGUGCGGGUGACGAGUCUUUUCUCUGGGACUGUCCCUCAGCACCUUGGGGUGAACAUGACUGCGCUCACAAAGAGGACGUGAUGGUCAUGUGUUCGGAGCACAAAGAUAUUCGACUGGUGAACGGAGGCCAUGACUGUGCGGGUCGAGUGGAAGUGUUCUAUAAUGGUUCAUGGGGAACUGUGUGCUCGGUACACGUGACCUCAGUGGAUGCCGUAUUGAUGUGUAAACAGUUACAAUGCGGACCCCUGCAGCGUAUUCGAUUCGGCUCUCAGCAAUACGGAUCGGGAUCGGGUUCCAUUUGGUUCAAUGGAAUGGCGUGUGGGUCGCACGAGUCGUCGCUUUGGGAGUGCCCGGCCAACCCGAGUGAUGAUCACGACUGCAGACAUUCGAUGGACACUGGAGUUGUUUGUUCAGACACCAACGUGCCAGAGAGACCAAAGGACUGUUUCACGGAAUCCCCAACUGCGCAUGCCCGUUCACCAGAACCCGGACAGGAGUUGCGCCUGGUUGGAGCUGAGAGCAGCUGCUCGGGGAGGGUGGAAAUAUUCACCAAUAACAGCUGGGCCACGGUGUGCGAUGACUCUUGGGACAAGGCGGAUGCUCAUGUUGUCUGCAGGCAGUUGCGCUGCGGCCCCGCUCUGUCGGCCCCGGUGGGGGGCGCCUUUGGUCAGGGUGACGGGGUGAUCUGGCUGGAUGAGGUGAAAUGCACGGGCAGUGAAUCCUUUCUCUCCGACUGCCUUUCCUCGCCGCCGGGUCAGAACGACUGCACUCACAAGGAAGAUGCCGGUGUGGUUUGUUCCGAUCCGGAGUUGUCUCCUCGUGACUAUUCUUCAUCGCGUUCUGGACGAAAGAUCUUCACCAUUCCCGUGAUGGCCUGUGUUGUGUUGGGGGUUCUGUUCGUCUCUGGGUUCAUCGCCUUGUAUCUGGUAACGCGGAGGAAGCAAGCAAGAAGAGGCGUUGCCAUUGGCUCAUGGGACUCCCGCGCUGAUAUGUACCAAGCUGUAUAUGAAGAGAUUGAGGAUAUUCCGCAUGGAGAAUACAUUGUCCCAACCGAUGGUUCAGAUUCAUUUCAUGACAGCGACGAUGAUGUAAACAGUGUGGGCAGUGACGAGCGUGGAGAUAACGUGUCAACGUUGUGUGAAAGUGGCCACAGGGAUCGCUCCAUCUAGAGCAUAGACCACAAAAGCAGUAAGGGCCCCGGAACUCCUCAAUCCUACAGUCAUCGUGGCAUCGGCAAUCUUCAUUUGAGCACAGCCCACCGCCGAUGGAUCAAUUGGAAGCACCAUUUCACCAACACCUGGCAUGUGGGAAUAGAAGAUAGAAUAGCAGAGUACAGCAGCAAUAUCUUUGCCGAACAUGAUCAUGAUGCCAAAUCUAAUGUAAUACCCUCUGCCUGCAAGUGAUCCAUUUCCCUUUAUUCACUGCGUAUUCACUUGUCUAUCCGAAGGCCUCCUAAAUGCCACCAAUGUAAAUAUUUCCACCAGAACCCUCGGCAGCAGGUUGCAUGGGCCCACCACACCAUGUGUGUAAAACUUGCCCGCACAUCUGUGAUGUAUCCCUCCCACCUCUUUUCCUUUAAAUACUGACCUCUGACCUUGGGGGAAAAUGUUCAGCCAGUCUACCCUAUCCAUGCCUCUCAUAAUUAGAUAGAGUUCUAUUAGGUCUCCCCUCAGCCUUCGCCUCUCCAGAGACAAUAAUCCAAAUUUGUCCAACCUCUCCGCACAGCAAUUAACCCCUAAUCUGUGCUUCAUCCUUUUCUUCCUUUCCAAAGCCUGUACAUUCUUACUGAAAUGAGGUGACCAGAUCUCCAUAGAAUACAACAAAUGCACCUUUUAUGAAGAUGCAACAUGACUGCCUGACUCUUAUAUUCAACGCCCAAUAAAGGCAAGAAUGCUCCAUGCCUUAUUUCUCACUUUAUCUAGUGUUGUCACAACCAGGGAGUUAUGGACAUGGAUCCCAAUAUCUAUCUGUACAUGAUGCUGUCAAGGUUCAUUUAAUUAAUUGUGUACAUUCUCCUGACGCUCGGUACAAGAACUGUUCCAGAGCCGCUGUCUGAAAAAAGCUCUGAGAAUAGCUAAGGACAAACUGCACCCCAUCCACACACACCUGGAUCUCCUGCCAUGCCAUUAGGCAAGAGAUACCGUAGCAUCAAAGCCCAGACUACAAGACUGCUAAACAGUUUCCUGCCACAGGCUGUGAGGCUGCUAAACAGUCACUCUGUACUCACAGUCACCUGAUUCUGCAGCUUUGCACUGACAUUUUAAUAACUCUGACACUGGCCACUCAAAUCAGCUGCCCUGGACAUUUUAAUGAUUGGUUUAACUGUAUUUUAAUGUUGCUGAUUUACCUGCUUUUAACUAUUGAUACUGUUUCAUCAGGGACUGGAUUGUUUUUUGUUGUUAUUAUGUGUGAAAUGUUUUAAGUUUCAUGUGCGAUGCUCCGGUAUUCCCCGGGAAACGUCUUCUGAUUUUGCACUGUACAACUGUUGCUUUGCAUGAUGACAAUAAAGGUUGAUUUG